UUUUGACCAAAAUCAUAAAUAAGAUGGUGCCGACUUGUUCCGACCUCAAGUGGACAUGGAAGAGAAGGAAGACACUCAUAGACUAUGAACUCCAGCAGCAGGCCCACCAGCUGGAGAAACAGAACUUGGACUUUCUCGACUUUAUUUGCUACAAUAGAUUUUGAAUACAGAUUAGACCAGAGCUUAUUUGUUUAUUUUUGGAUGAUGAACAGCAAAAACAGAUCUUGAAGAAGAUAGUCAAGCUGGGUCCUCAACUUCCUAAGUUUAUUUAUUUUCACUUACAGCAAAUUAAGAAGAGGGGAACACGCAUUCAGUAUAAGAACUACUGCAUCAAGAUGUUGAACCAGAUAAGAGGAAGCAACUUGAAAUCGAUUAGAAUUGGAGGAGACAGUACAGUUUUAGAUUUAGCAAACUUUAGCUUUUAUGCCAGGAGUGUGCUCAGACUCGCUUCAAUGAUGACAAUUUUGGUUCAAAUAAAAGCCUUCAAAAUAUCACACAAACAUUUUGGAAGGAUCCUCAUGUCAUGAAACAACACCCAGCAAUUGUGAUUCAGACACUGACAAGUGAAUGUUGAUAAUUUGGAUUAUCUUGAUCAUGUAGGGGAUACAAAAGAUACCCGCUCUUUGAUCAAGCAUCUCUGUUUAGAAUACAACACAUUUAUUCAACCUGAAGAAGACAGUGAAAACUUAGAUGGACUGGUUCAGAAGAUGGCUAAGUCCAGGCUUAACACUGGUUUACACACUGUAACAAUCCGCCUUAUUUGAAGAGUUAAAAACGCCUCUCCAAGGAAAGAGUACAAACUUGGGAACUUUAAUGUAACUGUAAACUGAUUUUCCUUGGUAUCUUAAUACUUUUGUUUGACUGAUUUGACCAUAACUCACUUGUUUCAACUCACAC